GUGGAAAACACUGACUGGGGAACAAGGGUAGCCGUUGAGCCCUGAUGGCUUCAGGACCAUGCAUUCCAGGCAUAGAUAGUGGCUGGAAUAAGGGAGGAGUUGAAGGGACUCUGGGCUCUCCCAUCCCACUGCAUUCCCCCUCUCCACACACAUUUCCGCCAGCUCCUGAGGCAGGUUGAAGCAAGCAAGGAACAGGCACGUCCUGUCCUGUUGGCACAGGGAGGGCUCAGCACCUUGGGCUGCAGGGGUGAGAGCCCUCUGUGUCCCCAGGGGACAGUUCUGGGGUGGUGACACCCAGACCCCCAAUGACUGUCCACAGCAGAGCAGUGUGUGGGUGUGUCCUGGCCCAUGCAGGGUGCUCUUGGGCACGGUGAUGGGGCUGGGGGCUCGAUGCAGGUAGUCAGUGCUGUGGGCGUCCCUGGUGCAUCCAUCCCCCAUGAGGGGAUGCAGAGGGGAGAGUGUGCAGCAAUGGAGCCCUCCUUGCACACAUGUGCAUGUGUGCUGGGGCUCACUCAUGCAGAGCAUCAAUGUGUGGGGCUGCCCUCUGCUCUGGGUUUGGGGCCCAGCUGUGUUCUGCAUCCCCUCAUGGGUUGGCAGGUUGCUCCAUGCCCCAGAGCUGUACCUGGAACCUUGUGCUGAGCUUGGGGAAUGCAGGGGACCAGGGCUCUGUCAGGCUCAGGUACUACCUGAGUGGCAAGAAGGAUCAUCAUGGUGCUACAGCAGUGAGUCAGGGACAGCCAGACACAGGUGUGAUGAGCAAGGGGACCGGCACGUGCCGCCGUGCCACCCACCCGUGGGUGGUGCUGGCCCUGGGGCUAUGCCAGGCAGGGGAAGAGGCUCCUGCACGUGUCUGGGCAGUGCAGCAUGUGUGGCUGCGUGCUGGGGAUGGGCUCUGCUUCCCUGGGGCCAGGGAUACGUGCAGAUCAUCCCAGUGCUGAUGGACCACAGGGGGAUGAGCACCAGGUGGAUGAGCAGGACAGCAGGGCUGGCAUGACACAGCCUGCAGUGACUGUCACAUAAAGGCCAACAGAUGUCACAGGAGCUGAUGUGUUUCUUCAGCCGUAGCCAAUGCUGGUGAUACAGGGGUGCUGGGUAGGGGCCCCCAUUGGUUCCAUGCACACUGUGGGGCCAGGAGCAGCCAUGGUGAGGGGUCUGCUGGUGCAAGGUGUGGGUAAUUGUGUGUGUGAAUUGAAUGUGAGUGCAGAGGGCUGGAUGUGCAUCAUGCGGCGUGUCAGGUUGGGUUACAGCAUAUAGGGCAGGAAAGAGUAUGUACAGUGUGUAGGGACAGGGAUAUGGGGCUUGGUUAAUGGGGCUGACAGGAGGAGAGGGCCAGGUGUGCACAGCACCUCGGAUAUGCACAGAGUCCCCACAGGACUGCCUCCUCCUUCAUCCCAUUCCCUCCUCCCAGCCCCUCCCCACCAUCCCAUUCUCAUGACAACAGGAGCAUCCUGCUCCUACAGCAAGGUGCAGAGCACCCAUCUGGGGCCCUGGUGCCACUCUGGCUGCAGCAGAAGCCCCCUGCCAGAGGGGCAAAGGGUAGCGGUUCCAAGGGGACCCAGUAUAAACCAGAACUAAUUUUUCUUGACGGGUUGGGAGAGGGCCUGGAGCCAUGGACACCGCUGGAACCCAUGAGGAUUCUGGGAUCCAUCUAAGACAAAGUUCUGCUGCUCCCCUGCCUAAGCCCCCAGCUCCCCACUCAGAUUGUUCCCUCCAUCCCCCUGGUCUCCUCCCCAGGCCGGGGUGCUGCUGCUGUCCCCAGGCCAGGCUCUGAGCGCUGGGCCAGCCCUGCCCUCUAGUGCCCCGGGAGCUGCUCCGUGCAGGGCUCAGCCCCGGCUCCCUGCAGCUGGGCCACCCAAAGUGCUGCCGGGCCCGCGGAGCAGAGCAGGGGCUGACAGGCUUCCCACCGCCCCGCGCACCACCUCCCACCCCGACACUGAGGGGACAUGGGGACACGGCCCGGACCCUCCGGAGCACCACAGCCCGAGGGAGCAGCGCUGUCCCCGCAGCACAGGUGCCCUGCGCCCCAGGCCUUGGGACAGGCAGGCGUGCCGGUGACAAUUAUUGCCUUCCCGGCACCCCGGGUCGUUAACCUGGUGGCCAAAGCGCUCGGUGGGCCGGGACGGCGUGGGGCCACGCCAAUGGGUGCCCGCAGCUGCGGGAGAGGGAGGGAGGCUCCGCAGGCUCUGGUUAAACUGGAACGAGGCGCGGCAUCGUCCCGCGGUCCCUGCCCUGGGGACUCUGACCCCGUGGGCCGGCGAGGGGAGCUGCAGUGAAGAGCAGCCCCACAGCCACUGGGACGGAGCCAGCGAGGAGCCGAACAGGAUGGAUCCCACCUGGGAGCUGGCAGAUGACCCCAGGUUCUCCCGCCCUUUGGUGGAGAUGCUGAUCAGGAACUUCAGCGUGCCCGCAGCCUGCUUCUCCCUGCCGCCCACCUCCCGGCAGCUGCUGCACCAGCUGGACAUGGCCCAACUCAUCAUCCUGGGCCUCUGCACCAUCAUGACACUGCUGUCGGUUGUGAUCUAUGUUGAAGAGGUUUCGUACCUCUUCCGCAAGAUCCGCUGCCCUAUCAAGAUGAAGACCCUCUGCUGGAGCAGCUCAGCCCCUACGGUUGUGUCAGUGGUCAGCUGCUUUGGCCUGUGGUUCCCGCGCUCCAUGAUGGUGGUGGAGAUGGCUACCACGGCGUACUUCGCUGUCUGCUUCUACCUGCUGAUGCUGGUCAUGGUGGAGGGCUUUGGGGGGAAGGAGGCACUGCUCAGCACUCUGAAGGAUGUGCCCAUGGUGGUCAGCACUGGGCCCUGCUGCUGCUGCUGCCCCUGCCUGCCCCGAAUCACCAUGAGCAGGAUAAAGCUUAAAUUGAUGAUCCUGGGGACUUUCCAGUACGCCCUCUUCAAGGCAGUCGCUGUCUUUCUGGGGCUGAUCCUGGCCACCGAUGGGAAUUACAACCCCGCUGACAUUUCAGCGGAGAGCGUGUCCCUCUGGAUCAACACCUUGGUUGGUGUCUCUGCCCUCUUUGGGCUGUGGGGUCUGGGCAUCCUCUUCCGGCAGGCCCGGCUGCACCUGGCUGAGCAGAACAUGCAGGCCAAGUUCACCUGUUUCCAGAUCCUGCUCCUCCUGACGGCGCUCCAGCCUGCCAUCUUCAGCAUCCUGGCCAACAACGGCAGCAUUGCCUGCUCACCGCCCUUCUCCUCCAAGGCCAGGUCGCAGCAGAUGAAUGUGCAGCUGUUGAUCCCGCAGACCUUCAUCCUGGCGGUGCUGACGCGGAUGUACUACCGCAAGCAGGAUGACAAGCCGGGCUACCAGCCCGUCGGCUUCGCAGCCACAGGCGCCGACGCCAAGGCAUGAGCAGAGCAGGAGGGACAAACUGGGGUGCCAAGGGGCAGAGUGGGGUGAGGGGCUGGUCUACCCUGCACAACCUUCUCCUUCUCCCCUGGCCUUGGGGAGCUGCUGGCAGCAGAAGAGGCAGAAGGGGAAAGAGCAUCUUGGGACAGAAUGAAAGGGUCUGAAUCCAAAAAGCCAUAAGCCAAGGGGGUCCAUGGAGCCACCUCCAGCCCAGGGUCUUG